AUGGCUGAGAAGCUUGGACCAGCAGGGCUCAAGCCCACCAACGUCCGGAACAGUCCCUCGCUGCCCCCAGAGCCCAUCGACAUAAUCCGCACCAAAGCCCGCUCGCGCAGAGUCCGCCUUAACGUUGGGGGUCUCAACCACGAGGUUUUGUGGCGGACCCUAGACCGACUACCCAGGACCCGGCUCGGCAAGCUCCGGGACUGCAACACCCACGAGUCCCUGAUGGAGGUCUGCGACGACUACAGCCUGAACGAGAACGAGUACUUCUUCGACCGGCACCCGGGGGCAUUCACAUCCAUUCUGAACUUUUACCGCACGGGCAAGUUGCACAUGAUGGAGGAGAUGUGCGCCCUCUCCUUCGGCCAGGAGUUGGACUACUGGGGGAUCGACGAGAUCUACCUGGAGUCCUGCUGCCAGGCCCGCUACCACCAGAAGAAGGAGCAGAUGAACGAGGAGCUGCGGCGGGAGGCCGAGACAAUGAGGGAGCGGGAGGGCGAGGGAGAGUUUGAUAACACCUGCUGCCCGGACAAGAGGAAGAAGCUGUGGGAUCUCCUGGAGAAGCCCGGCUCCUCGGUGGCUGCCAAGAUUCUGGCCAUCAUAUCGAUCCUCUUCAUCAUCCUCUCCACCAUCGCCCUGUCCCUCAACACCUUACCAGAGCUCCAGGUGUUCGACGAGUUCGGCCACGCCAACGACAACCCCCAGCUGGCCCACGUGGAAGCCGUGUGCAUCGCCUGGUUCACCAUGGAGUACCUCCUCCGCUUCCUCUCCUCGCCUAAUAAGUGGAAGUUCUUCAAAGGCCCCCUGAAUGUCAUUGACUUGCUGGCCAUCCUGCCCUACUAUGUCACCAUCUUCCUAACGGAGUCCAAUAAGAGCGUGCUGCAGUUCCAGAACGUGCGGCGCGUGGUGCAGAUAUUCAGGAUCAUGAGAAUAUUGAGGAUCCUGAAGUUAGCCAGGCACUCCACGGGGCUCCAGUCUCUAGGGUUCACUCUGAGAAGGAGCUACAAUGAACUUGGCCUUCUUAUUCUCUUUCUCGCCAUGGGCAUCAUGAUAUUCUCCAGCUUGGUGUUCUUUGCUGAGAAAGACGAGGAUGCCACUAAAUUCACCAGUAUCCCUGCCUCGUUCUGGUGGGCAACCAUUACAAUGACCACAGUGGGCUACGGGGACAUUUACCCACAGACGUUGCUUGGUAAGAUUGUGGGUGGGCUCUGCUGCAUUGCAGGAGUGCUGGUUAUUGCCCUCCCCAUCCCCAUUAUUGUCAACAACUUCUCUGAGUUCUACAAGGAGCAGAAGAGGCAGGAGAAGGCCAUCAAGAGGAGGGAGGCACUGGAGCGAGCCAAGAGGAAUGGCAGCAUUGUGUCGAUGAACCUAAAGGAUGCCUUUGCCCGCAGCAUGGAACUGAUGGAUGUGGUGGUGGAGAAAGGAGAGGAUAAAACCUCCCUUGACAACCACCUGUCACCGAGCCACUUGGGCAGCUCCAUCGGGCACGCCACCUCAGAAAUCAACCUGAAGUCAAACCCAGAGUCUCUGCCGCAGAAUUCCCCUCAACGUAUAACCAUUACCACCACUGGAAGUCCGCAGCGGACCAGCAGGACCCCACAGCACCUUAAUGUCCAGAAACUGGAGGAGAUGUACAACCAUAUGACCAAGUCACAGUCCUUAACUAACCUCAACACCACAAGCUCUAUGAGCACCUUGAGCACAACUAUGACCGCCCCCGUCUCACCGAAAAAAUCUUCAAGCCAAGAAUUUACAUUGAAGGAGGAGGUGGAGAUGAAGGAAGUCCCGCCCUCCUCACCAAGUAAGUUUCCUAGUGGCCCGGAAGGCGUUGAAAAUGAAGACCUCACCUCAGAUGAGGAAGAUCAUGGGCCGUAUCAAAUCAGACACCCCAGAGCACCACCGCAUCUGGAUCUUAGCUUCCUGAGGGCCAGCAAUGACGAGAGCUCUCCUGGCUUCAUAUGCAAUGACGACCUCCAUUUAAAAGGAGUGGAGAGUUUUAACAGCGCUGUGGAGAAUAUCCGGAGCCCUUCAAGAGGGAAUAAUCCUCUUAAAAUUAAGGGGUUAAAAGUCAACUCCACCAAAACCUCUGCCGAAGGCCCACUGACACCACCCAGCACCACUUCUCCUGGAGACAUCAGCUCCAGCAUCCUGGAAGAGUCGCCGGACGGAGAGACGUCACCGCUCAUCCCCUGCUCAGAGGAGCUGCUCCCCAUCACAGAAGAGGAGACCGACCCCAUGUCCCCGAAGAGGCUGGUGGUCGACACCCCACCGGGCGACGAAGAUCCGUCCACGGAGAACCACGAGGAGAAGCACCUGAUGGAGGUGGCGGGUGCCGCCGUUGGGCCCUUGUCGCCCAAGAAGACAGCACAAAAUUGCACCCAAGGUGUGGUCGGGGCAGGCGAGGAGGUCAAGGCUGACAGCAACCAAAGUGGACACAAAGUAGAGAACCACAUGUUUACAUCCGAUAUCCACCUGAUACCCGGGGACGGCGGCCUUUCUCCGACCUGCGAAACCAGCAUGUGACUGUGAGGGAAGCAGCUGGGGACGAGGGACCCGCUACAACCACGGCCUGGUGCGUGUGUGCGAGCAGCGAGAAAAGACAAAGGCGCUGUUGAAGUGGGAGAUAUUUUUUGCAUGGCAUGACAAGUCCCUUUUACUUGUGUCGUUGUGUACUGCUGAAUAAGAAACUGCAGUGUUCUGUGCAGAUUCAGGAAGGACUUAGGAAGUGACAGCGGGCUCCAGCAGGAGGCUCUUUGAAAACAGAGGGAAUUCAUCUACCAGACGUUUCAGUCCUCCCAAUGUACAUAAUGACAGUCUCCUUUUUUUUCUAGCAAAACAAGGAAAUGCACAGAAGGGACUUAUCUGUAAAAAGCAUGCAUUUAAAAAAAAAAAAAGACAGAUAUUUUACGGUGCUUAGUUUGCUGAGAGCACUCCACUGUAAAUACUAGGACAUCCAAGGCAAUGACAAUGCACAGGACGGCGAAAGGAAAACUGUCACUGAAGGUACAACUAUUUGUAAUGUGAAAAAGGAAAGGGAGGAAGGGUUGAGCGAAGAGCCCUCGGACCGGCGUUGCAUCGUAGCGACCUAUAAGAAAAAAAACAUAUCAUUACCUUUUGUGGAAAUGCAAAGUGUUCCCAUGACGACCCUGUAAUGUUUUUUUGUUUUUUCCAUUUUUUUUGUGUGUGACAAAAUGGUGUAUGAAACUUGUAACGUUGACAUUGUUGCUCUUUGGUUUUCAUAAGGACUUGUUGAACUUUUCAGUUUGGGCAUCUGAUAUUUAGUCUUUGACUCAACGUACGCGGGCAAAGAAGGACAAAGACACCUUGUUUCCUCUCAAGCGCAUACAUACACCUGUAGUUGCCAAAUAGCUAUGUAACCAGUGAGGACAGGAAGUAUCAGAUAUUACCAUUAUGGAAAAACUAUUUAUCACACGGUUUCAGGAGUUCAGGACGAGGUUUAAGAGGUUUUACUCCUUGUUCAGCCUUUUGUUGCCCUCCAACAGAACUGAAAUAAAUCCUAUUUACUCGCUCAGACAUCAGAUAUAUAUAUAUAUAUAUCUAAAGUAGCUUUAAGAAAAAACGUAGCUCUAGAUCGGUUGUAGACAAAUUCUACGUUAGGUAAGUGAGACUCCAUAAAGCAGAGUUAAGACUAUUUAGUAAUUCAGCACAUUAGACACUGGUCAUUACUCAUUAUACAAUAUAGGCUUUAUACUAUUUUGGCAAAUCAGAAGGGAUACAAAAUAUUCUUUGUGAUAUCAAUGGACCAAAUCAAGCACAGUGACAAGCUUUCAUCUAUCUCCUCGCUGCAUAAUAUCAUAUAAAGUAAUAACAUAUAUUAUGAAAGUAGCUAUGUUAUUUUCCUUAUGGUUUGUUUACCUGCAUUGUGUUCGUUGUCCUCUCCUCAGCGCCCUGGCGUCGUCCACACUUGAUCCAUACUACUGCGAUUUGAUCCCAUCCUGCUGACGAGUUUAAAGCAUCUUCUUUUUUUUAUUUAUUGUAUACCCGUAGUGUCUUGGAUUGUUAUUUAUUGUGUUUUUAUUGUGAACAAAGUUUUCAGUCAAACUCGAACCCAAAGAGUUUUUUUUCUUUAUUUUUCUUUGUGUUUUCUGCUCAUCUUCUUUGUCGCUUUUUGUUUUACACUGACUGAAAAUAUCCGUUGUAUGUUGCCUUUCGAUUCCAAUUUUUAUUGCUGGAAAUAUUUGUUCAUUGUUUCGGCAUGACACUUGGCUGAGUGAAUCAGGAGUCGGUUUGUGAGCGCCACACAAACCCGGAUGCUUCUGACAGGACGUGCGUGGGUGAAUCCUUUGUUGUUUGUUUUCUUUCUCUUCUUCUUCUUAGUAUUAUCAUCAUGUUUUUUCUUGUGUUCUCACAGAGAGGUGUGGAAUGUGCAAUACCGCAUACUGCAAUCUAUGCAGGCCAAGAAUUGUGGCACUUUAUUUUCUGUCUAUGGGAAUUUGUAAGUGUACAGGCAGAAAUUACUUGUAUUUUUCAAAUGUUAUAUCUUUAAUAUGAGGCAAAAACAGUAUUAUCAACCACCAGAAUCUCACAAACAAUGCAAAUGAGGAUUUGACUUUUGCUUUUUCAUAUAUUAUAUGGCGGGCAUAAUGCUGACAAGCACCUUAAUGCCACGUAUCAAUGGACCUCAAAUUUAUCGGUGGGAAAAGGGAUCCAAAUUGACCACUUUGGGCCUUUUAUAUCACUGUAUGAUUCAUGCAGGAAUCCAACAGACGUCUGUGGAAGAUAUAAAGACAAACUUCAAUGGCCACACACAAAGGAUUUUAUGUUUUUUGUGAAUUAACAUUGAGAAUGAUUCUAUUUUUUCUAAAAACCAAAAUGGAGCACGACCACAAUUUCCUGCCAUACGGUGGUUGAAAUGAUGCGUGCCUUUUCAUAACGCCGCCGUUUAUGAGAAGGUAAUAAGUCAUUUUGCUUUGUUCAUAUAGCACUGUACAGAAAAUUCUAAUUUUAUAGGAGAAAUCAGGUCUUUAUGUAAUAGAUACAAGUAAUGUUAUUGAGUUCUCAGGUUUUCUAUAACUCUCUGAUGUUCCGAUUGGAUGAUUCUUUGUUUUUUCUUUAACAGCUAUAACGUCAACUAGUUACUUCUGUACUUUUUUGAAUGGUGAUGUUGUCAAAUCCAUGUCGAUCUCUCGGCUCCCGUGGUGUAGGAGCGGCAAUAUUUCUCCCUCCUCCCGGGUGAUGUGUGCACCACCUUCAGUAUCCACCGCCCCAUCAGUCUUCAGUGGGGCAGGACGGAGCACGAGCAAAGGGACACAAAAAAGUUGGAAGAGAAGGCGAGUGAGGGGUCAGAGUGACGGCUGGCAGGCAGUGAGAGAUCCCCACUGUCACCACACUGAUCCAUCUGGUUAUUUCCCAUCAUGACACAACUCGGAGCUCCCGUCCCUGCGGCUUCAGAGGCUCGAACCCCACUUCAUGCCCUCAGGCUCGUGGAUCAGUCGGUGAGAGGACAGACUAGGAUGAGGGAACGCUGUGAGAGAAAAAACUCCCCCCCCCAAAAAAGUUACAUCACAUCUGUCGUGGUCCAUAUUUCCUUUUGUCUGUGUAGCCCAGACCAUUGUGAUUUGAGUCCGUAAACAGAGAUUCAUGUGAAAUGAUUGAUCCCUCCUUAGAAACUCAGAUUCUUUGCUCCAAAGUAAACACGUGGGGUCGGUACCUGUACGUUCAAUUAUACAUUUUUUCAUCCGUUGUUUGUAGUUAUCAAGUCUCUGUGUUAUCCUUGAGUAAUCCCUCAUUUGGACAGGUAGGGUGGAGAAACAUGGGACUCGGGAUUGAUCAGCUGUGUCCCCUCCUCGGGAUUGACGUUUGUGUGGAUACUGGAAUGAAUCGCGUGAGCUGACAGCGGAAAACGGAUCGAGCUCUGUCUUACUCUCUCAUGAUGGCAUUAUCACCUGUGAUACUGUGCAGAGUGCAAACGUUGUGUCUUUAUUUUCUCUGAGAGAAUGGGGGUUGUCCGUGUCACUCAUGCGUGCUUAUUAAAACCUCGCUCCAUGAAAUGCAUAAAGCUAUAUUGUUUAUUCUUAUGUCUCUGUGUAUUCUGCCUCUUACAUUUGGAUUUGUUUGUUUUCUCUGUUCAGUUUUUUUAGAACACGAUCGUUAGACACACUCUGAGCUACAGACUGUUUUCUGUACAAAGCGACAUCUUUGUAUGCAUGUAGUUGUCCGAACAAUUAUGUGACCACAGAACACUUUGUCAUGGUACAUGUAUGUCAACAUUUCUGUAGAGCAUUGUUCCCCAUUACAUCUAUUAGCAUAUGCAGAAUUACAAAUAAAUGUGUAUAUAACUCG